AAAACAUAACCUUUGGAAGUUGUUUAUUAGCUGAAUGUUUCACUUAACCACUCGCAAAUUGUUGGUAUCAUGAGACCACGUAUAAUUAUAAGUUAACCCUUACCGUACCAAUUCGUUUUACUAAAUGACCAAUCGAUCAACAGCCUUAACCAUUUUCCCAACACUCCAAACAGAAUUGAACAAAACAUUUGUCAAUCAGUCUCAUGACUUCCAACCCGAACCAGCCAGCUUUAAAUCCUGCCCUCCGUACACUUUUUAUUGCUAACGUUAAGCCACAAGGACCUUGUAAGGCACUGCCCUGAGCCAUCAUAGCACCGUAGGAAGGGUCUUGUUGUGAACUGCAAUGGGAUCCAUAAUAAUGUGAUCCUGUAACAUAUUAAUUCUGCAUGCUGUGUAUUAUGUGCUCUUAUUUGUUGUGUUAAACUUUUCUUUUUGUUCUGACAACCAACAGAAACAGAAGGUGGAGACAGAACCUCCACCUGAGACAGCAGAGAUGGACACAGAUUGCAUUGAGGCCCAGCCAUUUACCAUUCACAGUAAAAAACCCAACCCAAUAGGGCAGGGUGGGAGUAUAGACGUCGAAACUCUCAACGCCGAUAUAUAUAGAAAAGUGUUCAGUCGGCAAAAUAAUUUGUUGCAGGAAAAAACCUCAGCCAGCACAGAAGUCAUCCCCAGAGAGGAACUGGUCUGCCUCGGGUUCCCCAACCUGGCGCAGACCUGCUACAUGAACUCCACUCUGCAAGGCCUCCUGACGCUGAGACCUUUUGUUCACGACAUCAACAAGCAGAAGAAGGUGUGGAUGUCUCACCCCGGAUCUGAAGUCAUCAGGACAUUAUAUUUGUGACGGAGCCUACAGACCGGGAGAUAAUAAAGACCGAUGGCUAACUUACAACGACAAACACGUCAGUGAGACGACCGGCGCGUCUGUCUGCCACAACCGCCGACAAACAGCCUACCUCCUGUUCUACGUGAAGCAGGUAAGGCAACAGCUCUUCUCUAUGGAGAGAAAUAUGUGUCUUUUUGAAGAAGCGGAUAGACACACACACUAGGGUUGUCAAAAGUAAUCGGUACUCAAAAAAAUAUCGGUACUAAAACGUAUUAUCCGGAUACGAUACUCAUUUUCAAAAGUAUCGAUACCGCCCAAACUUUCGUUUCAAACUGACCUGUUACUGAUGUUAUCAUAGCAUUAAUGUUAGCCGUGUUAUUAUUAGCCGUUAGCCGCAGCUAACAAUUAAAGGCUGACGUCACGUUAAUGAUUAUAAACAACGUAAAUAAAUAAAUAAAUAAAUCAGGGACGUAGUAUGCCCAUAUUACGUUAAUUGACACAGUGUCAGUAUACACAAGCAUAUAGUUAAUAAGUUUAUAUUAAUGUUGGUGACUGUUAUUUUUUUAUUUUAUUUUUUUUAUUUAACCUUU